AGCGUCCCGUCCUGUAUAAUGAAUUUUAGUUGCAGUUUUUUUUAUCGUUUAAGUUUGGUUUGGUUUGGAAGGAUGAAGGACUUCAUUAUUCGUGGCCCAAAAAGUAGCUACAAGCCCAUUCCAAAAGGAUAUGCCGAAUAUUUUUUUGAUAUUGCCGAAGAAUUUAAAGACAACAUUUUACAGAUCGAUGGUACCACUGACGAAUCGGAGACUUACGGUCAAGUAAAGGCCCGAUCUAUCAAAGUUGCUCUUGCCAUAAAAAAAUUAGGCUUAAAACCAAAAGAUGUUGUACUGUUGUGCUGUAAAAACGAUUUAAAUAACAUUAUUCCGGUACUUGGAACCCUGUAUCUUGGAGGAUAUGUCAGUUCAGCUCAUCCCAAACAAUCGCUGGACGACGUAAAGUACUUUCUAGGAUUGGUACAACCAAAAUUAUUGUUUGUCGAUCAAGACUCUGUGGGUUUAGUAGAAAAAGCUAUGGAAUUAUGUGGAAUGAAAGCAACUAUAGUUGUUGUUGGAAAUUCGGAUAAAUAUCCUACAAUGAGAUCCAUGGAGUCUCGGUUUUAUGAAGAAGAGAAAUCAUUUAGUCCGAUUAAACAAAAAGGCAACGAUAUCGCUUUUAUUUUGUUCACCAGCGGUACGACUUCGUCUCCCAAAGGAAUAUAUAUUUCAAACAGGUCUGCUUUGGAAGGAGGAAGAUUAAUAAUUGAGAAUGGAUAUACGAAACCAGGCGUGUUAAUGAAUUUCACAUCGUUUUACUGGGUCUCAACUCUGUUAGUCACUAGCAAGUGCUUUCUGACUGGAUCUACCAGAAUUUUGGGAAACAGUAUAUCAGCUGAAAAGUAUUUAAACCUAGUCGAAAAAUAUAAAAUUACAUAUACCUUUAUGUCUAACAGCUUUACUUACGGCAUAUCGUCCUUAGGCCCUGAUAUCAUUAAAAAAUACGACACAUCUUCUUUGUAUUCUGUUCUUGUGGGGGGAGCUACAGUGAAUCCAGCUCAGAUUCUGAAACUCAGAGAAGUGCUCCCUUACACCAAGGUGGCCAUGGGUUACGGAUCCACGGAGACCAGCUUCAUCAGUUGUUUUGAUUUCCAAAGUCGAGAAGCCUACGAAUCCAAGCUUGAAUCUUCUGGAAAGCUACUGGCUGAUGUUGAAUUAAAAAUUGUGGAUGUGGACACAGGAAAACUCUUAGGACCAAACCAAGAAGGUGAAAUUCGACUCAAAACACCAUACCUUAUGUGUGGAUACCACAACCUAGAUAAAACCGACAGCUUCGAUGAAGAUGGCUUCCUAAAAAUGAGCGAUUUAGGUUAUUACGAUAUUGACCACUACAUAUACGUCACUGAUCGCAUCAAGGAGAUGUUCAAAUACCAGGGCAACCAAGUCAGUCCAUCCACCAUAGAAAAUAGUCUAUUAUCCCAUCCGUCUGUUGAAGAAGCUGUGGUGUUUGGUGUUCCACAUCGUAUAGAUAAUAAUCAUCCCGCUGCUUUGGUAGUUGUCAAGCCCGGUCAGAGAUUGGAAGCAAAAGAAUUGAUAGAUUUUACCGAUCUUCGAUUGGCAGAUACUCACAGGUUGAGAGGAGGAGUGAUCAUUGUGAACAGUAUUCCAAAAACUCCAACGGGAAAAGCGCAAAGAAGGUCUCUCAAAGAAAUGUUCGGGAAAAAAGCGAGAUAGUUGCAUAGUGGUAUUGUUUUUAAAUUUCAGAAAAA